CAUUCAGCUGCCUGCGUGACAGCAGAUUUUGUCAUUUUGUUGAGCUCGUGCACCAUGGACUAUUGUAUGCAGUAAAUAUUACUUUACUGUAAAAUUUGGAAUAAUGGAUCCAGUUGGUAAAUUUUUCAUGUUUGUUUUGUGCGUACAAGAUUUCGAUAAUUGACAUGUAGUAUAUGCUGUGGUAUGAUUGUUAUCGGGUGGGAUUACGAAUUAUGCUGCAUAUCAUUAUCACUUUCCUUGGGAGGACUAACGGUUCUGCUGGGAUAAUAAUAAUAUUAUGAUCACAUCGUUCUGAAGCGUUGUGCAAUGUUCGGAUUUUAAACGGAAUACUCAUUUAUAUCUGAAAAUCGGCACCUGGUUUAUUAAUCUUUUAUUUUUCCUCGCAUCACUGCUUGAACUUCUGAUUAUAACUUAAGCACGAUUAGAUGUGCUUAUGGAGAAGAUAUGUAGCAAGCUGAAUUGAUGCGUUCAAGUGGAGAAUUCAUAAGUGUUCAAAGUAAGGAGUUGGUACUGCAGCAUAAAAAAGCCGAAGCAGCAGUUUUUCCGCAAGCCAGUGUUGGUGUCACGCUCGAGGCUACAUGCUUCGUGGAAAACAACAUGAAAGAGACCCAGUCUGUGCUGACAACAACAUUAGCGUCACCAAUUUCCACUAUUCUAUCCGUAACCAGUGAAUGCAAUGCAGCCGCAGCAGCAGCGAACGGUACUCUCAAUAUUCCUCUUGCAAUCAAUACAUCGACUGGCCAAACCCUGUUACCGCCGGUUACCAACAUCACUCCAAGUGCAGCGUUAAACAACAUAAAUAUUAAUAAUUUAUCCUCCGUUCCCAGCCAUCACGCCGGCACAGGCAGCAGUCGCCUAUUAGGCAGCGGCACGGUGGAAAAAAAUUGCUCCGAUUCCAACGGCAGCGAACGAGAGAGUCCUAAUAGCAGUUUCCUUAUCGAUGUUGACAGCGAUGAAUCUAAACUGUCGCCAACGGGAAGCAUGCCAGUGUCUUUGCUUGAUCCAAAUAACAAGCUCGUCCAGCCUAGUUCCGCCGUUGCACCGGCCUUAUCACUGUCCAAUCUCAGGCGUCAGGACGAACGGCUAAAACUGAAGAUAAAAAAUCCCCGCAGUAAGCCCAAUGGGCGGAGUCAACCGCUGCCCCCACCGGAAGGAGGCGGAACAGGGGCUGCCAGCCCUAACAGCCUCAGCGAAGCAACGACGAAGGUUAGCAGUAUUGCAAACGGAUUGACGAAUGGAACGGGUGGGCUGCAUAUUAAUAACAGCACUGAGCAGAGCGUGCACGAUGCCAACCAAAAUCUAACGGACAAAGGGAAAAAAAGCCGGAAACGCCCCUACGAGAAGAAAGAAAAAGCACCACGGAAACCUGCUUCAGCUAAGGGCAAAGGCGGCAAAGCAAAAACAGCUGCCACUACUGCUGCACUUAACGGCAAUGAACUGGAUUUGGAGCCACCGGCUAAAAAAAGCAAAACGGACCGGCACAGCAGUGGCAGCCAGGAUGCUGGUACGGGAACAUGCUCUGUGUCAACAUUCACGGAGCCCGACUUGAUUGGACCACUGGAGCCCGGCACACCAGUGACCCUGGAGGGCAUCGUAUGGCACGAAAGUGUCACAAAAGGGUUUGUCGUGGUGAACAUUACCUGGAGAGGUAAAACGUACAUGGGCACCUUGAUGGAUUACGCUCAGCUUGAGUGGGCACCACCGAGACACUGUGAUUCCCCGCCCAGUGAUAUUGACAGUACCCGCUCCCCUGCUAAAGAUAAGACCGUGAAGCGUAGCCGGAAUGGAGUAUUGGGAUUGACCGAGGGGGAUUUGACGUCGCAACUGCGUGGGGGAAAAACCCGACGUGGAGCGAAUUUCCAGACCCCAGCUAGUCCAGCGCGCUCGGAUGCUAGCAGCGGUAAACGAAAGGGCCGCGUACCAAAUACGACGAAGUCUUCCACUGCACCAGACAACAAUGCCCCGUCGGAUUUGUUGCCGUGCGUUACUGAUGAAGGAAAAGCCAAACGAGGUCGAAGGGCUGCCAGUGGCCCCUCCACACCGUCUUCCGAGCAGCCCACUCCGUCCAGUGCAUCCCCACCGCUCUUGGAAUGUCCGGAGGCUAACUGCAGUAAAAAGUUCCCAAACCUUAACGCACUACGCUUUCAUCAGCAGGAUCAGCACAGCCGACUUGUUGAAGACGACAGGAGCUGUGAUUCGCAACCGGAAACACGCUGCAGCAGUGAGAGUGCCAAUGCUCCCUCUCAUGCUGUGCCGCUGACGACGGAGAGCAGUAACAGCUCGCUGUUUUCGAAAUCCGAUAUGGACAGCCUUACUGCCAUGCAACUGCAGCUUGUCAGUGCCACGACACAUCAGCCGGCCAAACCUGAUGCUUCCAAAGCCGUACUUCCGGAAAUAACACCAACAUCCAACACCAAUGCGAUGCCGAUUUCCGUCCCAUCAGCCACCGUUGCCACUCUUCAGAACCCGUCAGUAUCUUCAGAUCCUGCCUUGAAAGCGGUUUUGGAACCUACUCUCGCUGCUCCUUUAUCGAACAGUGAUAAUGCGGCGCGUGGUGAAGACAGCGUAGAAACCGACAACAAGGCCGAUAAGCAGCGAAAUAGCGGGCGAAGAAAACAAUCCAGACCUUGCCUUAGCGAGCAGAAAGGCUCCACGACAAAGGAAAAUACCACAGUCUCAGAAAAAAAUAACCGGCCUUCGGAGACGUCUGUGUUGGAUGUGCUUCGUGGAAAAAAACCGGCCGCGGAUCUUUUAGAGCCAGUGAAGAAGCAGAGCAAAGUUGGCUCAUCGGGUUCAAAGCCGGAUGCAUCUUAUGAUUCUGAUUCAUCUGAAAGCGCUCUGACGGAGGAGCAGGCGAGGAACAUAGUAACUGCGAAACUCGAUCCGACGAUGCUGGACACUCUGAAGUCAUUGGGCAUUCGUCCUUUUGGUGUCUCCAGCAGCAUUUCCGCUGAAGUGAAUAAUCCGGCCGUUAAAACAGCUGUUGCCAUGUGCCAGAAACUGGGGAACCGAAUUCGCGAUCCGGAAAUCCCACACACGUCGGCCAAGAACGCUUCUCUGAAUCGUCCACUGGAUCUCAAGAUAACCCCCUCCGCUGCUCCUACCUCGCCUUUGGUGACCACAGUAAAAACGCAGGAACACCCGGAACGCACAGAAUCUGCUUACUCUGAUAUAUCGGACGACGGGGAUGACGUGAAGCCGGAUAAGGAUAUCGAAAUGCCGUCGGUCCCCACCACACCCAUCUCGUCAGCUUCCGACAGACCGCCUUAUCUUGGAUUUUUUCCAUCGUCGCCGUUUUUGCUGCAGGGCUUAGGGGAACCGGAUGGGAAGCGGAGUAGCCCUUCUGAACUGCCGAAAAAGAUGCCGUUUGCGCCUUAUGUUUAUGGUGGUCUUCCAAUAGCGUCUCCGGAUCACUUUGCCAACAGUGGAUUGACUUUCCCGAACAUUCUGGAGUUUCCGCCAAACAGAUCCGAAGCAGACAGCAAAGCACGGCCAACCGAUCCCGGCGCCGAUGCCGGACCGUCCGGUUCGGCAGUUAAGACUCCUGGACGGUCUACCGAAGCGAAGGCAAUUAAAGAGGAAACUGUUAAAGGAGAUAAAGGCGAAGGGAAGUGCAAAUCUCCUUCUGUGAAGGAGACGUCGAAGGUGCCGCUGGAGGCCAAAAACGAGCCCGUAAAGCCCAAAGAGGAAAUGGCGAAGGCUGUUAGUCCAGUGGCGAACAAGUUACCGCCUGCGAAUCCGCCCUUAUACGCACAGCCACCGUAUCUCCCGCCGCCGGGUUUCCGGCCCGGAAUGCCACCGGGUGGUUACCCACCACCCAAUCAUCCCCUAUACAUGGGACCGCGACCACUCUUCCCUCAGGAUCAGAUGCAGUUCUUGAAUAUGAUGUACGGAUACGGAAUGCAGAGAGGCGGUCCCAUGCCGCCGGGAAUGCCGCCGCUGGGUGAGCCUCUACCGUACGACUUACAGCAGAGGCUUUAUUCGCCCGGGCAGUUUACGCAUAAAAUUCAUGAACUCACGGCGACCAAAGAAGGAAAUAACAAAAAUACGCCCCCGACAUCUGCGUCGUCGAUUCUUUCUGAAAACAAGAAACCUGUGAUGCAGUCGCAAGAAAAUGUUAAAAAGGCUGGAGAAGCUCCAGCGGUAAAAGGGAGUCGACCAGUUAAAACCGGUUUGGCGGAUGGUCGAUUGGAUAGAGUUAAUCUCGAGCAAGCGUCUUCCCAGUCACGACGGGGUGCAGGGCCGCAUCCCUCCGGUGCAUCUGCUUCUGCGCUUGGGCCGGAUGUUCCCGCUGCACACACAGUUGAUUCUCAUCAGGCAUUCGCCUCACAAAAGCCUCCAACUUUGCAUUUACCUUCCAGUAAUUCCAACUGAGAAUUACCCUCCGAACAAUGCCAACCGGCUUUCCGCGUGAUAUGCGCGCCGCAGAUACAUCACCCAGAUGUUCCGCUGCAGAAGCUUGUGGCAUUGUGUGAAUAUAGUUGCUGUAUAUGCGUUGACUGAUUAAAGCAUUGUGGUAUAACUGCAAAUUCUAUUUGUUGGCUAAUUUUAAAAAUAAUGCUCUUGCGUUAUGUUUUGUCGUUGGCUUUGACGCGAUUAUAUAAGGCAUUCGGUAGAUGUGGUUUCAGUUUUUGCAAGGCUUUUGUGAUACGUCAUCAGACCAAACGGAAACGUGUUGUUUCGCACGUUUUUUACAUCUUUAACUGUGCGAAUUGUUUUUGCAUUAAGUAAUCAAAGUUUUUGUUGUUUUAUUUAGUGUUAUCCGUCACUAAACGCAAAUAAAUAUGAUUUACGAACUUCGCGUAC